AAUUGCAUAAGUUGGACGAAGAAGAGUAAAGCUGAGCGCGCGCGAAACAACAACAAAGAUGGCCUCCAAAGCAGGUCGUCGAGGGACGAAACGCAAACCAGAAGCUAAAAAGGAGGAAGACAACACCUCCACUGAGAAGAAGGCCAGAGGAGAAGAUGCCAGUGUUGAAGCUGGUUUAAAGGUGGUCAUUGAACAUUGUAAAAGCUGACGAGUGUACGGGCGUAAUGCAGAGGAGGUGAAGUCUGCCCUCCUGGCUGCCCGCCCUGAGCUGACGGUGGUCUUCAACCCAGAGAAACCCCGCAGGAACAGCUUUGAGAUCACUCUGCUGGAUGGAUCCAAAGAAACCCCAUUGUGGACUGGAAUAAAGAAGGGUCCACCUCGAAAGUUGAAGUUUCCCCAACCUGAUGUUGUAGUUGCUGCUUUGAAAGAUGCUUUGAAGACCAAAUAGGUGGAUGUGCAGGAAAUGCGAUUGGUGGAAGCAUAAUGAUGAAGAGUGAUGAAGGAGAUGUUCUCAGUCCCUCUUCUGACAAACCAAGCUCCAACCAUUGACUUCUGGGCACACACUGCCACCUAGUGGAUCAUCUCUGCUUUCUCAAAUCCUUCUGUUGAAAGUUUUUGUUCAAAUGGUUCUACCUGUGAUUUAAAGCUACGUGUUUUUUUUAUUGGUGUAGCUUAAUAAAAAGGAAAAUAUGUUUUCUCUA